GGCGGACGGAGCCGUGGGACUGCCGCUCAGCUGAGAGACGCCGAACAUGACACACCGUCGUUAGUAGAGAGCAGACACCUUUUUUCUUUUUCUUGGACAAUUGUAGACUGCAGUCUUGCAGUUAUGACUUGCAUCCACCCCCAGCACGGGUCUCAGUCCUAUGAGAUAAACCUCAACAAUCCGGAGCUCCAGAGCGCUGACCUGCUCUCCAGGCUGGCGGCUGACCUGAGCGUCCAGCGGGACCUGCUCGCCGCUCCGGCCCUGCCAAGCAUCGGCUCCCUGGUGGGCUCUCCGUCCGGAGAGCUGGACGCCUACUCCUGCCAGUUCACUACGGCUCCGGCUCACGCGACUCCGGCGCCCGGCCAGGAGAGCCCUUUCAAGCUGGACGACCUCCAGGUGUACGGGUGCUACCCCGGAGCCUUCAUGCUGAGCUGCCCGGAGGAGGCCGCCUCCCCGACCGGCUCGGACUAUUUCGGCAGCCCCGCGUCCGCCCCGUCUCCCUCCACGCCCGGGUUCCAGAGCCAGCACGGCUCCAACUGGGAUUCCGCCUUCGGACCCUACUCGUCCAGUCCGGGAUACUGGGCGGCCGAGGAGCCCUCGGGCUCGCACGCGCCCUCUUUUUUCACUUUCGGGGAGGACGUGUCUCACAUGGUUCAGCAGGAGCCUUUUGCCGUGGCUCACCUCCACCCGUCCGCCCUGGCCUUCCCCGCGAUGAGCAUGGAGCAGGCGUGCAGCCUGGACGGCGCCGAGCAGCCGGAUGGCAGCUUGUCGCCCAAGCUGAAAAGUGGAAGCGAGGGCGGCUGCGCCGUCUGCGGAGACAACGCCUCCUGCCAGCACUACGGGGUGCGCACCUGUGAGGGGUGCAAGGGCUUUUUCAAGCGAACAGUGCAAAAAAACUCCAAGUACGUGUGCCUCGCGAACAAGGACUGUCCCGUGGACAAGAGGAGGCGGAAUCGCUGCCAGUUCUGCCGCUUCCAGAAAUGUCUGGCUGUGGGGAUGGUCAGGGAAGUUGUAAGAACUGACAGCUUGAAAGGACGAAGGGGUCGCCUGCCUUCCAAGCCUAAAGUCACCCAGGAUGUGUCUCCGGUGAGCAUGAUCGCCUCUCUGGUGAGGGCCCACAUUGAAUCCAACCCCGGCGUCGGGUCUCUGGAUUACUCUAAGUACGUAGAGAAGGAAGUCGGCGUGGACCAGAAAGAAGAUGCCAGCGACAUCAAGCAGUUUUACGACCUGCUCACAACCUCCAUGGAAGUCAUCAAGAACUGGGCAAAGGACAUCCCGGGUUUCUCUGACUUCUGCCCGGAGGACCAGGAGCUGCUGCUGGAGUCGGCCUUCGUCGAGCUCUUCAUCUUGCGCCUUGCGUAUCGGUCCGAUCCUAAAACAGAAAAACUCAUCUUUUGCAACGGCGCGGUGCUCCAUAAAACGCAGUGUGUCCGCGGCUUUGGGGACUGGAUCGACUCCAUAUUAGAGUUUUCCCAGAGCCUGCACUGCAUGAAGCUGGACGUUUCCUCCUUUUCUUGUCUUACGGCUCUCGUCAUUAUAACCGACCGACAUGGCCUGAAGGAGCCCAAGCGUGUGGAGGACUUGCAGAACCAGCUCAUCACCUGCCUCAAAGACCACAUGUCCGCCUGCGGCUCCGAGUCGCUGCGGCCCAAUUAUCUGUCCAGACUUCUCGGGAAGCUGCCCGAACUCAGGACUCUGUGCACACAAGGCCUGCAGCGCAUCUUUUAUCUGAAACUGGAAGAUCUCGUGCCUCCGCCGCCCAUCGUGGAAAAAAUCUUCAUGGACACGCUGCCCUUUUGAGCCAGACUCCGUGUCGACUGAAACCCGGAGGUCAUUGGAGAGCCAAAAAGGGAACGGACCGAAUGCUCACACUUCAGGCAUAAAAAAAAACAGUGAGCAGACAGGCUAAAGGGAAUUCCAUUGGGAUUUGGCAGCGUUGCAAAAAAAUAUGCAACAUCUGAAUAUGAAGCGAAUGAUAUGACAUUAAACGCUUGCUAAUGCUCAUGCAGUCUCUGGAAGGAAUGAGAAAAGGUCAGCUUAUGGACCAAGCAGCGACGGUUUACCUACAACAACUUGCCACAAAAUGGAGCCAUUCCCGAUGGUUGGAAGACUACUAAACUUUCGAAACAGCUUCGAAGCACAUACAGUGUCACCAUCGAGGGAUAUUGUGACAUCUGUAGCUGUAGCAUUAACUGUCCUCUUCAUACCGAAGCAAACAAAUGGCUGUGAUCCAGACAGACUUUCCAUUCAUUAAUACGUGAGGCUUAAGUUUCUCACAACUCUAUUACACUUUAUAUGUAGUGCCAUUUUGAAUCUUUUUGGCGAUGAUUCAGUAGGUGAAACCUACAUGUUUUGUUUCAGUGGUAUUGUUCAUGUAUCAUGAAUUGGCGUUGAGCAGCUACUCUUGUCCAGAACAGCUUUGUUUGUAACAGAUUUCAAGUCUGCAAAUGUUUUGUGACGUGCGCUGUAACCCACAGUCACUGAUCAGUUUGCUGUAGGACUCUUGUUUUUACAUUCUGAGAUGAUAUUUCCCUGCAUCUAAACAGGAAAUAAAUCUUGAACUGCA